CGGGAAAAUUCCAACCAGUAACGUUAGCUGGCGAAUAGGAAGAACUUCAACGUCGUGUUAAUAUCACAGUACUUUAUCACCUCAGAGUCUCCUCAGAUUCACCGAGUCCAACCACACACUUCAGUUGAGUUGUGUUCAGGCGUUCGCGGCGGCCGCGGGGUGCAGGCUAGUGCUGGGGUAGGCGUGGUGUCGCGCCGCGCCGCGCCGGUGUGUGUGGAGAGACAUGGCGGCGCCUUGGAGGGUGUACCGGAGCAGGAGCGGAGCGGUGAGCGGCUUCGUCCGCGCCGUGUGGACAGGCAGGACUGGAGCCGCCGCGGAGGAGGGUCUGUAUGAGGCAGAGGUGCUGGUUCCGGUCAGGCCUGUACGUAACGCUGUCAGGCCGAACUCUUUUACAAGAUAUAGAAACCGGUUUCUCUACCCAACGCCUAGAAUAUGUUGCUGCAGGAUACACAGUGACACAAAGUUAAAAGAUCCCUUUUCACUCGUGCAAAAGGAUCUGCAAAAUUUAUAUGAAGAUAUUAAAAAGCUACUGGUGUCCAAAGCGGAGCUGAAAGCCCUGUGUGAUUAUUACUUCGACGGGAAGGGGAAGGCGUUCCGGCCGAUGAUCGUGGUGCUGAUGGCCAGAGCCUGCAAUAUUCACAGCAAUAGACAGGGUGACCUCCUCCCAGCGCAGCGGUCCAUUGCCAUGAUCUCAGAGAUGAUCCACACUGCCAGCUUGGUGCAUGACGACGUUAUUGAUGGUUCAGAUACAAGACGAGGAAAAACCACCAUCAAUGAAGUGUGGGGGGAGAGGAAAGCUAUCCUGGCUGGAGACUUCAUUCUCUCUGCAGCGUCUAUGGCCCUGGCGCGCAUUGGGAACAACGCAGUGGUGUCUGUGCUUUCCCAAGUCGUAGAGGACCUUGUGCGAGGUGAGUUCAUGCAGCUGGGAUCCAAAGAGAACGAGAACGAGCGAUUCAAACACUACCUCGAGAAAACCUUCAAGAAGACGGCGAGCCUGAUAGCGAACAGCUGUAAAGCAGUUUCGAUUCUGGUAAACUCGGAUCCUGAGGUGCACGAGAUCGCGUAUCAGUACGGACGAAACGUGGGCAUCGCCUUUCAGCUGGUGGACGAUGUGCUGGACUUCACCUCAUGUGCUAACCACCUGGGGAAGCCCUCAGCUGCAGAUCUAAAGCUAGGCUUAGCCACCGGACCCGUUCUGUUUGCCUGCCAACAGUUUCCUGAAUUGCAUGCGAUGAUAAUGAGACGGUUCGGUUCUGAUGGAGACGUUGAUCGGGCGUGGCGAUAUGUCCUGCAGAGUGAUGGUGUGGAGCAGACUAACUACCUCGCACAGCGCUACUGCCAAGAGGCCAUCCGUCAGAUCAGCCGACUGCGGCCGUCUACGGAGCGGGACGCGCUUAUCCGGUUAACGGAGUUAGUCCUGUCCCGGGACAAGUGAUCCCAGACUCCAGAGCACAAGCUCAGGCAGCUACUCCUCUGCAGGGCCCUGUCCGAGGGGGGAAACGGCGACGGGGAUUAAGGGAUGUCCCCUUUACCGCCUCCCUCAACUAUACGCACCACUUACAGCAGAGGUGUUGCACUCUGGUUCUCAAGUGCCACAGCACUACGCAGAUCAGUCUGUUUCCUUCUGUAGCACAUCUGGUUUGACUCACCAGUGGAGGUAAAUCAGGAGUGUUACAGAAAAAUUUAAUGUUACAGUCUACAGUUUUACUCCUUUAACCCAGAAGCAGGUAAUUAGACAUAUUUGGUGUUUAAAGUUUGACUAACCAGUUGCCAACAUGAAAACUGAAUACCUAAAGAAUCACAAACUUGUUUUAAACCUUGUCAAGAAAGCACAAGUUGACUUGGGCACCGCAUGACUACCGUCAUCUAUAAAGAAGGGUGUGGCCAACAGUGGUGUCCACUAUUAGGGCUGAACAAUUUGGGGAAAAUAUCUAAUUGUGAUAUUUCAGACUUAUAUUAUUACUAUGAUUUAAAUUGCAGUUACCCUCAGUAAAUUAAGAUCCGGGCCUGUUGUUUGGACCAAGAAGAGCAGCACAUCAUCAAACCAUUGAAUGUAUUGUGCCGAACGGCCUGCUAGUUGUGGUUGUGUUGACAUGUACAUGGGUGUUUAGUUGCUUCUGUUUGGUUCAACUCAUGUACGAAUAGCUCACAAGCUUCAAUCCCACCAAAAAAUUCUCACAUACAAUUUUGUAGGCCCUAAUUAAAAUUCCAGCUCUUUACAAAUGAGAUUUCAGUAUCAGAGCGAGUCAACUUUGCGGCCUAGCCACCAAUAGAGGUGCCUCAUUUUCAUGCAUAUCGCUGCUGUCAGAACAAAACCUUCCAUCUCCAAAAUAGUAACUUUACAGGAGAAGCAAAAAACAUACUUUACUUUUAAUGCAAGUCAAUAGAACCAGAUGUUUUUCCACAUCAUUGUGGGCAGCUGUUCAGUGUUAAGUACUGACAGUACCCACAAUGGGGUCAGAAAAGCAUAACUGACUAAUAUUUUUCAUUAUAAUGAUAAAUAACAUCAUAUUAUGCACCCCUAUCCACCUUACAGUUCUGUCUGUACAGGUGCCGGUUUGGUGAAUGUUAUGAAUUAGGCCUGCAUUGUGCACGAUGCUAAUAGGUGGGGUGAAAGCAUCCAUUACUUUUAGCUACAUUAGUUUUGCACAAGAGCUACAGGCUAAAGAGCCGAACUUCAGACACCAAACAUGCCUUGGCUGACUGACCAACUAAAUUUGGGUUAUAGGGAACGUGUACGAUUUUUCUCCACACUAUUCCGUUAAAGCAAGGGAAGCACUGUUGUGCAGUUUUGUGGCCCUUUAGAACCUGGAAUGACACCUGUGCCUUAAAAAGCUCAACCCAAAGUGCUAACGUUGCCUAGUAGUGAAUUAAAGCUAAGUGGACUCUUUACAUUAUGCAAAUAGGUUGUGCUCAUUGGGCCACAUUAUCUUUCUUACAGUACUAGCCACUUUAGCAUUUUGGGGUGAACUACUCCGUUGGAGGUUGGGAGAGAAAAAAGAAUGAUCUACAAGAUGUUUGUUAUUGUCACUGUGUUACUGUACUGUACAGGCAGAAACCUCAUGCAUCCUCACCCACAGAGCCCGAGCAUUACAAGACGAUGUGGGGAGGGGCGACCUGCUGCACCAUUGUAAUUCCAGGCAUGGCACGGGUGUGUGUGGGGUCAAUACAUGUGCGUUUGACUGUGUUUCCAGAAGGUCCGUCCAUGCCAUAAAAAGGCCAAAUCCUGACCUGUGAAUAUGGGACAAUGUUGUCAGUGUACUUUUGCAUCAAGUGCUCAGCAACAACGAAGGCCUUAAACCCACAGUUACUAUGUAUUGAUAUUAAAACAUCUAUUUUUUAAGUUA